AUGACUCUCAUCAUGAGCAGCCGGUGGAUGAGACUAAAUCAACCAUCUCAGACUUCAUUGGAGAUUACACAGCUUUACUGCUACCCAGUGAAGGGCCUUCGGGGAUGUGCCAUCCAAAAAGCACGUCUAGGGAAAUACGGAUUCGUCGGAGAUCGAACAUUCUCCUUACAAAGAGUUCGUCGUGACGGCGAAGAUGGAAAAAAGAAGACUUACGAGACAAUGCUCGCAGGGUAUUAUCUGCAGCUGGCGCUGUUCCAAGCGACAGUCAACAUUGACGAAACAGCCGAGAAUUCUAACAAUGGCGAGAUUGUAGUGAGUUGGCAUGGCCGUGAUACAGAAGUUGGUACAGCUGCGAGAGAGAAUGGCGUCAAAACUGAGGAUCAGAUACGAUUUCCUCUUCUUCCUUCAACUGAGGGGUGCGACAAGUACGACGUCAGUCUUCACAACAGCCAGACUGAAGCAUACGACAUGGGCGACGAGUUGUCUUCUUGGUUUUCAGACCGGCUUGGAUUCGAAACUAGGCUUGUCUACAUUGGUAGCGGGUCACGAGCGGUUCUCGGCUCAAUGGCACCGCACAGCAAAGGAGAACUCAGAAGGAGUGGUAUCCUGAGACAUCUUCAAUCCUUGAUCCCUUUUAUCGCCUUGCCUGAAGAGCGACUCGUGUUCAACGAUAUCGCACACUAUCUUGUCGUCACCGAAGAGUCAAAUGCUCAAGUAUCGUCUCGUCUGGAGGGUGAUUAUGGCAUGGACAUCAGCAAAUUUCGACCCAACAUCGUCGUUAGAGGGUCAUCAGAGCCAUUCGCCGAAGACUUCUGGGGCGAGUUAUCUUUUAAUGGAGGGAUCCAGAUGCCUCUUACCGCCAAUUGCUACAGGUGUCAGAGCAUCACUGUCGACUUCAGUACUGGGAAGACAGCCAUCGACGACCGUGGAAAAGUGUGGAAAAAGUUAAACAAAGAUCGACGUGUCGACAAGGGCGCCAAGUACAGUCCUGUAUUUGGGCGAUAUGGAUUUUGCUUUGGUCCAGCAAUAGGCAAGUCACUCAGCGUAGGUCAAAAAGCCACGGUCACUCGUCUCAAUAGCUCGAGGACCACAUUUGAUUGGCCUCAUCUGACGAGCUUUGGUCUUAAUCAGACGAAGAAAUAG